AUGGUCGCGUACCUGUGUCUCUGCUUGUGCUACUUCACGUCCUACUUCGACAUGAACGCAGUGACGACGACACUGCCGACCAUCGCGUUACUAGGGCAGACUGCAUUUCAGCCGCUCUACGGUCGACUGUCCGAUGUAACGGGACGUAAGCCCAUCCUUCUUGUCUCGGUCACGUGCACUAUGGCUGGCGGACUGCUAUGCGGUUUUGCCCGCAGCUCAUCUUGGCUUUACACCGCUCACGUGCUAAGCGGCAUCGGUGGUGGAGGCAUCAGCUCCCUUGUCGCCAUUAUCGUGAGCGACCUCCUCAGUCUGAAGGAACGUGGUAAGUACCGGGGCAUGAUCAACCUGGCCAUAGGAGUCGCCGCCACGGGUGGACCGUCUGUAGCUGCCAGUCUCGUACGUUACCCCAUCUUGGCGGCUUUUUGUCUGGUCUUGUUGCUACUUUUCUUGCCCCUCAAGCCGGUUACGAGUGGGUGGCAAGACAAAGCUAAGAAGAUUGACUGGCUUGGGAUUGCGGCAUCUUUCUUAGGUAUUAUCAUUUUUCUUAUACCCAUCAAUUCGGGCGGCAGCAUCUGGCCGUGGCGCAGUGCAUACACCAUACCUAUGAUCAUCAUCGACGUCUUUUGCCUCAUUGUAUUUGCUCUCUACGAGGGAUACUGGGCGAGGCUGCCUAUUAUGCCGUGGCAGCUCUUCCAGCGGUGGUUUCCGAGCGCGACCCUCAUACUACCUUUUCUUCUAGCUCAACGCCUUGCUGGCGCAUCGUCCGGCUCUAUUAUGUCCAAACUUGCUCGAACCAUCCUCCGCGUCAGGUUCUUGCUUUGGUCUCUUAGGGCCGAUCUGAAGCUCGUCUUCUCACGCACAACUCCACUGCCUGCGUACUUAGUAAUUUUAGCGAUUGAGGGGGCAGGCGUAGACUCUGUGCACCAGCCGGGCCUUGUAGCUCUCCAGACCCUGAGCCGGCCAGAGGAUCGCGCCGUGGCCACUUCUACUCGCAACCUGCUACGCUUUCUCGGUGGUGUGGCUAGCAUUGCUAUUUCCAUAGCGGUCCAAUAUAGGCUAACCCGCACAGUGAUAGAUGGAGGUUGGCAGGCUGGUGCUUCUGCUACGGUUGGACACGACACGGCCAUCUUAAGCGCACGCACGAAAGGUUUCCAAGCCGUUUUCGCCCUUCUUGUGUCUUUUAUAAAACUACGUUUGUUUGACAGUCUUUUAUGUUAG